UCCAAAAUUAAUCCUAUAUAGCUGCUGGCAACGUGUAAGCCUUUCUGACACCAUUGUUUCUUUAGGUUUUGAUUAAAACAAUGAAAAAAAGAAGCCAAAAGUAUUGUUUUGGCUUGUGAGCCAUGUAGGAAAAGCUGAAACCUGGGCAUCACCGCAUCUCUUGGUAACACAGCUCCUCUGAAAAGAUGCUAGUCUUUGGAUGUGUACCCACAGGGCUGGAACGAGGGACAAAGAGCCAUAUUUAGUGGAAAACCCUACCUUGGAGUUAAAUCCAAGCUUGGCAUUCCUGUGCAUGGAAAGCCUGCUGCAGCAUUGUAUGGCCAAAAAAUGUGGCCUUCAUUGUCCGUGGCUGAGAAUCCCUCUCUUUCAGUUAGGCAUUGGACCAGGUUUUAAAAGGUUCAGGUCCCACUCAUGAAACUUGCUCUAGAUCCAGGGCCUUUGUGGAAAAUGAAAUGACAAAGAGUCUUGAGAAAGGAUGGUCAUGAGAGAGUGCUGUCAAGUUAGCCCAGAGGUGAUCCAGCUCUUGAUGUGAGGUACCCCUGGGGAUGCAGGGAAUUGCCAGUUGAAAACUGUCCGUUUCUUCAAUGAAGAGCGUGUUUCUAUAGCAGAGCUUAACAUCUUCCUGCCAGGGAUGAUGAGUUGUGAGCCUACAGCUGGGGUACCCCAGGGCUGCAGCACUUCUCAGGCCAGCUGACACCUCCUCACAGAGCUUUCCCAGGGUGAUGGGGUCCCUGCCGCUUCCCACAGCCCACAUCAGGAGGUGAGAGCUGAUGGAUGUCAGGGUUUUACCAGGCAGCAGAAAACACAGGAGGGAGCUGAGAUUAUGGUCUGUGCAUGUCCUCAGCCAGUGGAGCAGUCCAGCUCCUUCCUCCUCCUCUUCCCUUUGUAGGUCACUGCUUCCAAAGACUUUGUGGCCAAUGCAACCUGCAGAGAUGAUGUUGAGUUUGACCAUUGUUCUGCUGGUGACAUGGACCUUGGGGAGCACCCAGGAAAGCAUCUCCUGGGAGGUCCAGCGCUAUGACGGCUGGUACAACAACUUGCUGCACCACAGCCGUGGCUCAGUAGGUGCCAGGCUGCUUCGUCUCCUGCCAGCCAACUACGCGGAUGGUGUGUACCAGGCACUGCAGGAGCCCCAUGUGCCCAACGCUCGCCAGCUGAGCAACGCGGUGGCGCGGGGACCCUCUGGGCUGCCGUCCCGCAGGAACACGACUGCGCUGGCUGUCUUCUUCGGUUUCCAUGUGCUGUCGGACAUCCUGGGGACAGAGAAACCCGGCUGCCCUGCAGAGUUCCUGAACAUCCACAUCCCAUCUGGAGACCUCGUGUUUGACCCUGCAGGCACUGGAGAUGUGGUUCUGCCCUUCCAGCGCAUUCACUGGGCGAUGGAGACAGGGCAGAGCCCCAACAGCCCCCGGGAACAGACCAACGAGGUGACAGGCUGGCUGGACGGCAGCUCCAUCUACGGCCCCUUGCACUCCUGGAGUGAUGCCCUGAGGAGCUUCUCAGGGGGGCAGCUGGCAUCCGGGCCUGGCGGGCGAAUCCCGAGGGAGACAGAUGGGAGAGUCCACAUGUGGAAGGCACUGGAUCCAUCCACAGGACAGGGUGGUCCACAGGGCAUCUAUGACCUGGGGAGUGCCUGGGGGAAUGAGAACCGCUUCCUGCAGGCCGUGAGCAUCGCCUGGUUCCGGUACCACAACCACCUGGCUGCAGGGCUGGCACAAGGACACCCCACCUGGUCUGAUGAAGACCUCUUUCAGCACACUCGCAAGAGGGUCAUCGCCACUUUCCAGAGCAUUGUGCUGUAUGAGUGGCUGCCAACCCUGCUGGGGACACAGGUCCCAGAGUACAAAGGUUACCAGCAGCACCUCGACCCCAGCCUCUCACCGGAGUUUGUGGCAGCUGCAGGGCAAUUCCUGGCCACCAUGGUGCCACCCGGCAUUUACAAGAGAGACCCCAAGUGCCAGUUCCAGAAAGUUCCUGGCCCUGGUGGCUCGUUCCCAGCAAUGCGGCUCUGCAACAGCUACUGGAGCAGAGAGAACACCAGGCUGCAGCAGGCAAAGGAGGUGGAUGUGGACAACCUUCUGCUGGGGAUGAGCUCUCAGAUUGCAGAGCGGGAGGACAACAUUGUGGUGGAAGAUCUCCAAGAUUACUGGUAUGGGCCCCUAAAGUACUCCCGCACUGACUACGUGGCCAGCUGUCUGCAGCGUGGGAGAGACCUUGGCCUGCCCACCUAUAACCAAGCCCGGGAGCGAUUUGGGUUGGAGCCUCUCCAGAACUGGUCAGACUUUGCCCCACACCUGGAGCAACAGGUCCUGGAGAAGGUCGCUGCCCUGUAUGCCAACAACACGGCUGGGCUGGAGCUACUCCCCGGGGGCAUGCUGGAGGCUGAAGGCUCCCUCUUCAGUGCCAUCAUCCUGGACCAGUUUGUGCGCCUGCGUGACGGUGACAGGUUUUGGUUCGAAAACACCAAGAAUGGGCUGUUCACAGUGGAGGAAACUAGGAAGAUCCGUAACACCACCUUCCACGAUGUCCUGGCUGCUGUCACCUACGCAGACCCCACAGACCUCCAGCAACAUGUGUUUGUCUGGAGCAAGGGGGACCCGUGCCCCCAGCCCCAGCAGCUGACAGCUCAGCAUCUGGCCAACUGCACACCCAUGAUGGUGCUGGACUACUUCAAAGGCAGCGGAGCGGGCUUUGGGAUCAUCAUCGUUGUCCUCUGCUGUCUGCCUUUAGUGACUCUGUUUGUUGCCUGGAUCGUUGCCAUUCUCCGCAAGAGAGAUUUCCAGAAGCUGCAGCAGAAGCAGAGUCCCAGUGUGCAGAGGGAGAUGACCGGAGAGGCCAUACAUGCCAUGGAAUGGCACGGUCCCAAGACAGACAGCUCUCCUGUUUACAUUCAGCUCCAAGCUGAUGAGGUGCUCAGAGUGCUGGAUAGGAGAGGGUCUGUGCUCCGGAGCAUCAGCUUGAAAGCCUACCGAAGGGUGGAGGUGGUCCUCUCCAGCAAUAAAGGGAACAAAGCUCUGCUCCUGAAGAGCCCCAAGGAGUAUGACCUGGUGCUGCUUUUCAGUGCAGAGGCAGAAAGGAGCAACUUCAUUGGGAAGCUACAAGGCUACUUGAAGGAGAGCGGCCUCGAGCUGCAUGUGUCUGAGAUGAAGGAGCAGAGCCUGAUGAAACGGGCAGUCACACAGGAGCAGAGAAAACAGACUCUGGAGACUUUCUUUAGGCACCUGUUUGCUCAGGUGCUGGAAAUCAACAGGUCCGAUGCCGGGGAGCUCAACUUUGAGUCUUCACAGAAGGCAAAGGAGUCUCUAACAUGUGAGCUGAGCAGGGCUGAGUUUGCCGAGGCCCUGGGGCUCAAAGCCCACUCCAUGUUUGUGGACUCCAUGUUCUCUCUGGCUGACAAAGACGGCAAUGGCUACAUCUCCUUCCGGGAAUUCCUGGACAUCUUGGUGGUCUUCAUGAAAGGGUCCCCACAGGAGAAGUCCAAGGUGAUGUUCAGGAUGUAUGACAUUGACGAGAAUGGGUUCCUCUCCAAGGAGGAGUUUCUGAGGAUGGUCAGGUCCUUCAUUGAGAUCUCCAACAACUGCCUGUCAAGAGAUCAGGCAGAGCAGGUGACUGAGUCCAUGUUUCGGGCCUCAGGGUUUCAGGACAGGGAUGAACUGACAUGGGAGGAUUUCCACUACAUGCUGCGGGACCAUGACAGCGAACUUCGUCUCACCCAGCUCUGCAUCAAAGGUUGGUGGGCAGGAGACCUGGAACACCCCAGGCCCUGCAGGGCUGGAGGUGAUGGGCAGUACCCAGUAGGUAGCUCCCAUUGGUCUCUCCAACCCCACUGCAAUAACAGGGCAUCAGCUGUUGCUCCAUGUACAUGUUUGGGGCAGCUCAGAGCCUCUCCCCAUGUCCCUGCCAAAGGGAGAUGCCUAAACCUUGUCCACUGCAUCUCGCACAUGCUGAACCGCUGUUUGUCUUUCUGGAUCAUCAAAGGUGUCCCGGAGGUGCUCAAGCAAAAUCUGCAUAACCACGCCUCCUUCAUAAGAAAGAAAGAGCCAAAAAGAACCAUCUCAGAGGAAGAGAAUGACCCAAACCUGGACAUUGCGAACCACUACAUGGAACAAGAAGGGCAAGAACUGAGGAAGAGACCAGGCAGAAAGGUGAAUCAGUACCAGCUGCAUUUGUACACUGAAGCGAAACGGAAGAAGUAUGAGAGGAACAAAGUUCAGCAGAAGAUCCAGGAGUUCAAGUGCUUUGUUGAGAAUUACCGGCGCCACAUCGUCUGUGUGGUCCUCUUCUCUGCCAUCACCACCGGCGUGUUCGUGGAGAGAGCCUACUACUAUGCCUUUGCAUCCCCCAGCACGGGAAUCGCACAGACCACCUUUGUGGGGAUCAUCAUCUCCCGGGGAUCGGCUGCCUGCAUCUCCUUCAUGUACUCCUACAUCCUGCUCACCAUGUGCCGCAACCUCAUCACAGUCCUGCGGGAGACCUUCCUCAACCACUACAUCCCCUUCGAUGCCGCUGUGGACUUUCACCGCUGGGUUGCCAUGGUAGCCCUCAUCUUCUCAGUGCUCCACACUGCAGGUCACAUAGUGAAUGUCUACAUCUUCUCAGUCACACCUCUCAGCGUGUUGUCCUGCCUCUUUUCCAAUGUCUUUAUGGAUGAUGGGUCUCAGCUCCCACAGAAGUAUUACUGGUGGUUCUUCCAGACUAUUCCAGGCAUGACAGGAGUGCUGCUGCUUGUGAUCCUGGCUGUGAUGUAUGUGUUCGCUAGCCGCCACUUCCGACGCGUCAGCUUCCAAGGCUUCUGGAUCACCCACCACCUCUACAUGCUGCUCUACAUCCUGGUCAUCAUUCAUGGCAGCUACGCACUGAUCCAGCAGCCCCGCUUCCACAUCUACUUCAUCAUCCCAGCUCUCAUCUAUAGUGCAGACAAGCUGCUCAGCCUGAGCAGGAAGAAGGUGGAGAUCAGCGUAGUGAAAGCGGAGCUCCUGCCCUCAGGUGUCACCCACCUCCAGUUCCAGCGGCCGCAGGACUUUGACUACAAGUCGGGGCAGUGGGUGCGCAUCGCCUGUGUGGCCCUGGGCACCUCCGAGUACCACCCCUUCACCCUGACCUCGGCGCCACACGAGGACACACUGAGCCUGCACAUCCGGGCUGUGGGGCCCUGGACCACCCGCCUGCGGGAGCUCUACUCCCCAGAGAGCCUGGCCCUUAUUGGCAAGCUGCCCAAGCUCUAUCUGGACGGGCCCUUCGGGGAGGGCCACCAGGAGUGGAACAAGUUCAAAGUGUCGGUGCUGGUGGGAGGAGGCAUCGGGGUGACACCUUUUGCAUCCAUCCUCAAGGACCUGGUCUUCAAGUCAUCCAUAAGCUCCAAGCUGCAGUGCAAGAAGAUCUACUUCAUCUGGGUGACGCGCACGCAGCGGCAGUUCGAGUGGCUGGCGGACAUCAUCCGCGAGGUGGAGGAGGCGGACAGGAACAGCCUGGUCUCCGUGCACAUCUACAUCACGCAGCUGGCUGAGAAGUUCGACCUGCGCACCACCAUGCUGUAUAUCUGCGAGCGGCACUUCCAGAAGGUGCUCAACAAGAGCCUGUUCACAGGGCUUCAUGCCACCACCCACUUUGGACGCCCUCCCUUUGUACCCUUCUUCAGCUCGCUGCAGGAGGUGCACCGUGAGGUGCAGAAGAUCGGGGUUUUCAGCUGUGGCCCACCCGGGAUGACCAAGAGUGUGGAAAAGGCUUGUCGGCAGCUGAACAAGAAGGACCAGACCUACUUUGCACAUCACUAUGAGAAUUUCUGACUCUACCCAAUGCUGUUUCACCCCUGGGCUGCAGCCUUCAUUGUUCAACAUCAGUGCCUGUGUGGCAAUGCUUCAGGUGGUCAUGGUCCUGGUCUCACAACACCAUCCCCAUGAGAAAGCCAUUCAUGGCUAAGAGCAUGGGUGCUGAGACCCACAGAGCUCAGACCAGCACAUGGUGCAGCAGUGAAACAUUGCCAUCACAGCAUCGCCCCACACAGUCCUAGUGUGAACCCCUUAGCCCAGGGCAUCCUGCUACUACCUACAUACACCUGCAGCCCCAUGCCCAGGGUCAGGCUGGCAUGACCCAAUCCAGAAAAUCCAGUUUUCAAGUUUCAGCUCUGCCACCUUGAUCCCACAAGAGGAUAGACUUAGAUUAGACAUUAGGCAGAAGCUCUUCCCUGUGAGGGUGCUGAGGCGCUGGCACAGGGUGCCCAGAGAAGCUGUGGCUGCCCCAUCCCUGACAGUGCUCAAGGCCAGGUUGGACACAGGGGCUUGGAGCAAGCUGCUCCAGUGGAAGGGAUCCGUGCCCAUGGCAGGGGUUGGAGCUGGAUGAGCUUAAGGCUCCUUCCAACCCAAACCAGGCUGGGA